GUAGUAAAACCGCAACGAGAAAAAGAAGAGGGGCGCAUAGGGACAGACGAAGAGCUCCCUUCUUUAUAUAGUGCUCUGUAGCUCCACUAAGCGGCCAUUUCCUCCGCCGGGAAUACCACGUUUGCUUGCGAGGGCGUUUUCCCCAUCCCAGGGCCGGGUUUUCUCCGGAGCGAACUGGUUUUCUCGGCCUACUCCUCUCUCGCUAGGGUUUCGAUCGCUCCCGGGAGCUGUUCUGGUGUUUCAUCUCCUCAUUCCGAGGAAAUCAGGGUCAGCGAGUUGCUGAAAUUUCUAGUGUUUGGGGAAUUGACGCUCGAUUUGGGGGGAAUCUGCUUGGUUUUGACGCGAUCCAUGGAGCCAACGCGAAGCUCCGGCGCCGGAUCUGGGAAUUCCGGCACCUACACGCCGGAAAUCGCGGAAUCCCUCCGGUUCGAGGAGGAGAUCCAGAGCUUGAUGAGGGAAAACACGGUGCACCCCAGCCUCGAGCCCCCGCCGGCUACCGGCGGCAGCUCGUUCACGGCCCUUCUCGGCCUUCCGGCCAACCAGGCCGUGGAGCUCCUGCACGACCCGGACUCCGGAGACUCCCCUGCCGCCUCCGGCGGCUGCGAGAUGUGGCGGUUCCGGCUGAGGGAUCCCAAAGUCAUGACCCUCCCAUCCGGCUGCUCCCCGACCUUCCCCUCCAACGCCUCCCUGGUCGAGCGGGCGGCGAGGUUCUCCAUCUUCGCCGCCGAGGACUCUCCGGAGGCGGCCUCCGUCCCGUCUCACACCCACUCCAGCGACCACUCCCCGAAGCCCAAGGCCGAGCCUCCAGACUCCGACUCCCAGCCGAUCUGCCCAAUCCCCGGCGAGCGGCCGCAGCGGCCGGCGAAGAGGAAAGAGGCAGAGAAAGGCAUCAAGGUAAAAGGGCCCGCGAAGAAGGGCAGGAGCGCGGAGGAGGGGAGCGCGAAGGUCGCGGAGGACAAUACCGGCGGUGAUAAGCUCCCCUACGUGCACGUCCGAGCUCGUCGAGGUCAAGCCACGGAUAGUCACAGCCUCGCGGAGAGAGCGCGAAGGGGAAAAAUAAAUGCUCGGAUGAAGCUCCUCCAAGAACUGGUCCCCGGCUGCAGCAAGAUAUCGGGUACGGCCCUAGUGCUGGAUGAAAUCAUCAACCAUGUACAGUCCCUCCAACGGCAGGUUGAGCUCUUGUCGAUGAGGCUGGCAGCGGUGAACCCCAGGAUCGACUUUAGCGGCGUCGACAGCUUUUUAUCGGCGGAGUGUGGACGUGUGGCGGUGGGCAAUGGACGGGGUGGGGUCGGGAUGGAGCAGUCGGCGUGGAUGGAGGCCCCGGCGGUAAACGGGGGUCGACGGCAGCAGCAGCAGCUACAGCAACAGCAGAUCUGGCAUGUUGACUCGGUGCACCCGCAUCAGAUGCCGUCCGUGUGGGAAAGGGACGAUCCAUCCCACCUCUUCAACCCGGGAAGCUCGCUUUUGGGCUACGAGCCCGCCAAUUCCGCAUCGCUGCACAUCAACCAGUUAAAGACGGAACUCUGAAGCCGUUGUGGUUUGCCGCCAUAUUACCAGUAUGCUCAUCUGAUGUACAUAGCGAAGAUACUACUGUUAGGUUGAGUAGAGUUGAAGGCAAGGGAGCUACCUCCACAUUCUUUAGUUACUAGCUCUUUGCUCAUUAAUUGCAGAAUAUGAUAAAACUCUAAUUUUACUAUAUAAUAUCCCUGUCGGUCUUAUUUCCAGUGUUCUCAAAUGAACGGCAGAUACACAUGCUGCAAUUUAAACACAUUUCCGACUCUGAAAGAAUGCAAAACAACGCGUCAUGAUCUUCAGCAGAAGUGUUGUGGCUUUUGCCAUAAAGAUAUAAUAUAAUAAAGUUAUUACUGAGCAGUACUCUA